AGAAACAUUAGAGUUCUGGAAAUAACAUGAUUGGUGCUGAAGUAGUCAAGCUUCUAUAUAAAUAAUGCACCGGCUUAAUAUCACAUUAUUGCAUUAUAACAUCCCAAAAAGUGCUACACUACAUUUUUCCCUAGUAAAAUUGUUGAGAGUUGGAGUAAAAGAGAAUGGGGGAUUUAGCUAGAGUGCAAGAAGUCAAGCUUCAUGCAGUUUGCGUCCCCUUUCCUGCACAAGGCCACAUACGCCCAAUGCUAAAUUUAGCCAAGUUACUCCAUUCUAAAGGCUUCCAUAUAACCUUCGUGAAUACUGUGUUCAACCAUCGCCGAAUGCUGAGGUCGAGGGGUCCAAACUCCCUUGAUGGUCUCUCAACUUUCCGAUUCGAGGCGAUACCGGAUGGUCUACCUCCCUCGGAUCCGGAUGCCACCCAAGACGUCCCUUCCAUGUUUCAUGCUGUUUUAAAUAAUUGUCUUGACCCCUUCAAGAAGCUCCUUCAUAGGCUUAAUGAUCCGUCCGCAGGCUCACCUCCUGUCACCUUUGUUCUCUCGGACUGUAUCAUGCCAUUCACUCUUGAUGCCGCACGAGAGCUUGGUGACUUGCCUGUGAUUCUCCUAUGGACUGCCAGUGCUUGUGGGUUCUUAGGUUAUGCUCAAUAUCGAUUACUUCUUGACAAGGGCAUUGUGCCCUUUCAAGAUCCCAAUUACUUGACAAACGGCAGUUUGGAUAUGAUUGUUGAUUGGGUCCCUAGCAUGAAAGGUAUACGUUUAAAAGAUAUUCCUAGCUUCAUAAGAACCACGGAAAAAGAUGACAUAUUAUUCGAUUUCUUGAUGAUCUCUGUUGAGAAAUCUUGUGAAUCUUCAGCACCAAUCAUAUUUAAUACUUUUGACGCAUUAGAGGACGAGGUCCUUAAUGACAUAUCUAAUAUAGUUGGUCCAAUUUACACCAUUGGACCAUUGCAGUACCAUCUAAAAGAAAUUUCCCAACAGGAAAUUGAUAAUGAGGCCGACUCCUUGGGGUCCAAUCUUUGGAAAGAGGACCCACAUUGUCUUCAAUGGCUUGAUAUAAUGAAGCCAAAUUCAGUAUUGUAUGUAAGUUUUGGGAGCAUCACAACCAUGACAAAAGAAAAUCUAGUCGAAUUUGCAUGGGGACUUGCAAACAGCAAUUGCCCAUUCCUUUGGAUCGUUAGACCAGAUAUUGUCACUGGAGAUUUGGCAGUUUUACCGCCAGAUUUUCUAGCUAAAACAAAAGAUAGGGGCAUGUUAGCUAGUUGGUGUGAUCAAGAAAAGGUGCUGAAACAUGAAGCAACGGCUGCUUUCUUAACCCAUUGUGGGUGGAACUCUAGUCUGGAUACCAUAUGUGGUGGAAAGCCUGUGCUUUGUUGGCCAUUUUUUGCCGAACAACAGACUAAUUGUUGGUAUUUCUGCAAUAAAUGGGGUACAGGCAUGGAGAUAAACAAGGAUGUCAAGAGGGAUGAGGUUGAAAGGCAAGUGAGAGAGUUAACGGAGGGUGAAAAGGGUGCAGAUAUGCGAAGGAAUGCAGUCAAGUUAAAAAGAUUAGCUGAAGCGGCAACAAGACCUACUGGAUCAUCUUACAAGAAUAUGGAACACUUGACUAACCAAGCGUUCCUUCCGCUGAAAAACUACAACCAUAAUGUUUGAUAUAUGAAACAAGAUUAGAUAAUCAAUAUCAUAGUAGUGAUAAGUGACGGAGCCACGUUGUAACAAGGGGUAGCACGUGCCACCCCUUGUUUUAAAAAAAAUAUUUUUUUAAUAAAAAACCCUGAAAACCUAAAUCCUAACUCCAUUUUGCGUCUUUCUCUCCUGUUUGUGUCUUCCUCUCUUGUGUGCCUCCCUCUUUGCAUCUCCUUCUUUCUUCCCCAAGUCAAAACUUGAAAUUCUCAAACUUUACUUCAGCAUUCAUUAAUGGCGGACGAAAGAUCAUAAAUUGAUUGCAUUAAUGCUUGGAUUUCUUA